AUGUGGUUUUACGCAAUCGUAACACUCUUGUUACUAAGUUUUCAAACGAUUAUUGCGGAAAAUGGAAACUUCCAUAUGAAAGAAGCCAUCGUCAAAAUUACCAAGAUCCACCAGUCGGCUUUCAAUUAUAAUUUGGAUGCUCAACUUUUCAAUAAGAAAAUGACACCGAUGGAGUUUGCCAACUCUCUUUUCGAUGGAAAGAUUGAAGAUAAUGUUUUUGAAGAAUACGGUAACUUGAAGUUGGUUGAUGGAUUAAAACAAGGUCGGGAGUUAUUCAAAUUAAUCAAUAAGUUCAAAGAUCCCAAGAUUACUGAUCAAAUGCGGAAUGAUAUCAUAAAUGGAAUGAGUGUUCAUUCAGAAUGGCGAUCUGUGUUCAUAAAUUUCGGUUCAAUCUAUGAGUUUUUCGAGAAAAAGUCAAAAGUAGUAAAAGUGGAAACUCAAGAGAUCCGGCGUUUAGAAAUCAACCUGGCUAAUCGAAUUCGAGUAUUUCAGCAACUCGUCGAUAGCUUCAAACAAUCUCAUAACGAUUCGUUGAUUAUUGAGAUAGUAAAACAAGCUGGUGAUGUGAAAAUCAGUUAUUCCGAGUUUCAAGCGUGCUUUCGGAACAUUGGUUAUUUAAACAAUGAUUACAUAAUAGUGUCCCAUCUUAUAGAUGUCAGAUCGUUCUUCACAAAAGAAACAGAGGAAAUGAUGAACAGACUGAAAACAGCAUUCUCUGCAACUGAAAGCGAUAUUGAUGCACUGUUGAACUUGCAAAAUAGUCAAGCGCUCAAAGAAGUUAUUGCAAUUGUAAAGAAGUUAGAUAAUACUCUUCCCUUGCUAAAUAGUUUCCGAAUUUCAAAAGAUAAACGGAAGAAAUAUCAAGGUGUCUCAAAGCCACUAUUCCAACGGAUCUCCUCAUUGUCCUCAUUCAUGAAUCAUAUUGAAUAUCAAGCUCCAAGACUAUCGGCUACAUGGAAACCACUCGAACAGACUCUCAGACUUAUGGAAAUUAACCAAAACCAAUUCGACCUCACUGAGGUGUUUCAGACCGAGAAAGCUUGCAUUAUGGGUUACAACAUUUCGUUUGAUCUAACUACUUCAGACCCUGAGUUAAUCGCAUUCGAAGUGUACUUAAAGAAUUAUUCAUUGGCAGAGGAUGAAUUCCAUGACGCAUGGCGUGAGCUGUCUAGAAACACCGAGACGGAAAAUCUUGUGGUCUCUAAAAACCCCGAAGCCCAUUUCGAAUAUUUAAAAAGAAGACUGGAAAUGUUUCUUGCAAAAUAUUCCACGGAAGAAAUGGAAAAGGUUUUGAAAAAUUUGGGAAACAAGCACAUUCCUGGAAAAGAAGAAAUUUCCGUAUUUGAGGAGACCUAUCUGGAAGCGGUGCGAUGGUUGGAAACAAUUCAGAAAGCGAAUUCGAAAGAAUUGACGGAAAAACUAACAAAAAAUAUUCCUGAAAUGAAAGCAUACUUUGAAUGUGGUGGUCCGGGUAAUUAUUACACCAUGGAUGAGGCUAGAAUGCUUUUUGAAACAUCGAGGACAGCAUCCAGUGUGAAUCCCAACUCCCUGCUGUUCGGAGCUGUAGAAUGGAUGGGUUGGUUGAAAGAGGCACAUGAAAUGAUUGAAGGAAUCAAGAAUUGGAAACCGGAAGAUGAUCCAACAAUCGGAGCAUUCCCAUUGACUGUUUCUGAUCUGGAUGUGAUAUCUGAUGGACUGAAAGCUAUAAACAAGGCUAUUUCGAAUAUUGUGGAAGAUCUGGAUCGAGUGGAUAUCAAUAAUGUGACAGAAAAUGCUGAGUCACAUCUAUCUGAUUCUGUUCUCAGUUCAAUCGAUACGGUCAGAAAGUUUGUCAGAGAUGAAUACGAUGGAAAUCUGUGGAAGGAAAUUCAGAACUUCUUGGAUGACUUGCAGAGUUUUCCGGGUUUUGCGAAUAAAGUGAACAAGAUGAACGAGGAAAUUAGAAAGUAUAAAGACUGGGAGAAAACUAGACAUCCAGAAAAAGAGAAAGAAGAAAAGAAGCCGUUUGUCGAUUGUUCGCAAAGCAAUCUCGGCGAAUGUGGUGUUCCGCUGAAUCUUCCAGCAGCUCCGGAUGUUCCAGUCGAGAAAUUUGAGUUGUGA